GAGUGUCUGUAAGCAGCAGGCUUAUAAUAAUAACUGCAGUUAUGAAAUCAUCUGCACACUGUGUUUCUCAGUGCUAUCGGUCUGGAGAGUGAAUGUGCUCGCGUGUCUCAGGAGCACGCUCGUUUAUUAAGAGAUGACUGGUGAAUGCAUGUGUUUCAGAGCGAGUGCGAGCAGCUGAAUUACGCGCAGCAGCUGAAGGAGAGGCUGGAGGCCUUUACCCAGGACUUCCUUCCUCACAUGAAGGAGGAAGAGGAGGUGUAUCAGCCCAUGCUGAUGGAGUACUUCACGUACGAGGAGCUGAAGGCCAUCAAGCGGCAGGUGAUGCUGCAGCACUGCAGUAAUCGCUCGUGGAGCUCCGCCGCAGACCUGCUGAAGGGCCUGAACCUGUGGAGCCACGCCGAGGAGCUGCGCAAGGCCUUCAAAUACUCCGACCACGAGAAGACCGAGGACGGGGACUAUUACUGCGGUCCUCCGGGCGAGUCGGACCAGGAGCCGGAUGAGGAUUGGGUGAAGAGUCUGCAGGACGAGGGACGAGCCUAUCAGGAGUGGGACGAGGACGCAGACGUGGAUGAAUCAGAGGCGGCGGCGGAGGAGUCUCCAGACAUUAGUGCAGUUCAGAGAGAGAAGAGGCUGCUGAAUGGGAUCGUCCAGAACCUGCUGCCCGCCGUCGGUCCGUCUGUGCGCUCGCUCAGUCUGGCCUACAGCUCGGCCGUCUCCAGCAAGAUGGUGCGUACGUCUGCAGUGAUUGUAUGAUGGUGAAAUAUGUGUCCCUGGAGCACAAAAGCAGU